GGGGCUUGAUCCCAGGACCCUGGGAUCAUGACCUGAGCCAAAGGCAGAUGCCUAACAACUGGGCCACCCAGGCGCCCCUGAAAUAUAUAUUUCUUAAUAUAAAUCACCAUAUCACAGUAUCUCAACAGGCAAAACAUCAUCCUGGCCCCUCUUUCUGGUGGGGCACAAUGGGUCCAAGGAAUCAUCAUGGCAGGCCCAAGUCAAACUCUCAGUGGGGCCCCUGGUUUGUGCCCUCCAAAAUUUGUUCUUGAAAUCUUAAUGCCCAAAGUGAUGGUAGUAGGAAGUGGGGGCUUUGGGAGGUAAUUGGGUCAUGACAGUGGAGCCUCAUGAGAGAAUUAGUGUUGUUAUCAAAGAGACCCACAGAGCUCCCUAGCCCCUUCCAAUAUGUGAGCACACAGUGAGAAGUUAGCCAUAUGCAACCAGGAAGAGGGUCUCCCCAGAACCUGUCCACGAUGGCUUCCUGAUCUGACUUCCUGCUUCCAGAUCUGUGAGAAAUAAAUUUCUAUUGUUUAUGACCCACCCAAUCUACGGUACUUUUAAUAACAACCCCAACUGAUGAAGACAAGAGGCUGGGGGACAGGAACCUGAGGUCUUGUGGAAAAGUUAGGUUGGAGACCCUGGGAGCCCUUCUGCCAGAGUAGGUACUUAGGUAUGUGAGUCUGGGGUUCAGUGAAGUCUGGCCCCUUGUAAAUAUCCAUUAUUGGCACAUAGGUGGCAUUUACAGCCAAGGGGUUGCUGGACCCUCCAGAGGGAGCCCAAAACAGAUCCCUGAGCUCAUCCUUCCAAACCUCUGAGGAUUCAGGAGGGCAGGAGUAACCAGCCAAGGAGGCUGAGAAGCAGCUGUCUACCCAUGAGGGAGGAGGGCCGGCCCCCUAGCAGAUCACGGAGAGUUCACUGCAGCACCUAGCAGCAAUGGUGCUGGGGUCUCCUCUGGCGAACCCCCCAUAGUGCCACAGCCCCGUUUCCGUCCUGCUGUGUCCGGUCUCCUCCCGCCAGCACAUGGGCAGGGACUUCUGGAGUGCCAAGGCCGGCCGCUGGUGGAGCCGAGGAGAUCCCCGGCAGAACCUGAACUCUGGGCUCUGGGGAUGGAGCCCAAGCCUGGGGGGUCUCCAGCCCUUCUCCGCAGCUGAGGCGACAUGCUCCCACCCACAGCCCCAGGACUCCUUUUGGCCGUGGGGCAGGGGUUCGGGUGGGCAGUCUGCAGCCAGCGCACGCCCCUUCCCCUCGCCCCAACCGCCUGCCGGCGGGGACUCCCGGAGCGGAGGAGGGGCUCGUGCGGCGGGCGUCGGGGCGGGGCGAGGCCGCACUCUCCGCGCCGGGCUGUAAUUUGUCGUUAUAUUUAGCGGGCGGCGCCGGGCCGGGCUGCGGGAGGGCAGCGGCGAGGCUAUAAGCGGCCCCGGGCGCCCACCCUCGAAGCUGGAGCCCGAGCGAGGAGGAGACGGCGCUGGAACCCAUGGACACGUCGUACCCCCGCGAGGACCCCCGGGCCCCGACGUCCCGCAAGGCAGACGGCGCCGCCCACACGGCCCUCACUCUGGGUGCGCCGAGACCCCCACCUCGAGACCACUUGAUCUGGUCGGUGUUCAGCACUCUCUACCUGAACCUGUGUUGCCUCGGCUUCCUGGCGCUGGCCUACUCCAUCAAGGCCCGAGACCAGAAGGUGGCUGGAGACUUGGAGGCAGCCCGGCGUUUGGGGUCCAAAGCCAAGUGCUACAACAUCCUGGCCACGAUGUGGGCGUUGGUGCCGCCUCUGCUUCUCCUGGCGCUGGUGGUGACCGGCGCUCUGCACCUUUCCCGGCUGGCCAAGGACUCUGCCGCCUUCUUUAGCACCAAGUUUGACGACUCGGACUAUGACUGACAGGCUGUGCCUUGUCUGCAUCCUGACCCACAGACCCUGACCCCAGUACUAACCCCCAGGGCACUGCUCCAGGGACUCCACCCUGACCCCCUGGAACCCCAACUCCACCACAGGACCUGAUGCCCACCCCUCCCACCCCAGCCUGGGCACUUAAU